AUGUUGUGGGCAAAUAGGUUGGGAAGUGGACGUCUCCCUGAUGGUCUAGCGGUUAGGAUUCCUGGCUCUCACCCAGGCGGCCCGGGUUCAACUCCCGGUCAGGGAGUCUGCUUUGGCUCUAUAACGCUUUGCCACUGCGCCCUCACACGCUCCCACCUCAUUGGAGCACUCAGAGGGGGAUUCCUGGUUUUCACCCAGGUGGCCGGGUUCAACUCCCGGUCAGGGAGCGGUGUUUUGGUUCACCCAGGGGGUGAUGCAAAGCAAGAGAGCGAUGGCCUACUAGGCGGGAGGCGCAGCAAAGUGCGCAAAAUUGGACCCGCCAUACCCUUGCGCACUUGCGCCCGAACAGGGACUCGAACCCUGGACCCUCAGAUUAAAAGUCUGAUGCUCUACCGACUGAGCUAUCCGGGCUCCCGUAGGGAACAAUUAAGUAAAUAG